CAAGACAGGCGAAAGGUGGGGCUUGGCGACGCUCGCCGUGGUUCUGUUAAAACCUAUUGCCGACCAUUAAAAGAAUCGGGAGUAGGAGUCUUGGACAAUUCUCGAGUAAAGGAGCCAGCGGUAUAAGGCAACUGGGGGCAGAAGUGAGGGGAGGGGGCGCGCAGCCACUACAGACAGCGACGGGCCAGUUAGCUUGAUGUUAGCCCUGCAUGGAUCCUACGCCGCCUGGCUCCGGGGCUAGCGGCUGCGCUGGCUAAAUCGGAGCGUAUCUGGCCGUGUGAAAAAAAGCCUCUGGUUUCCCCCCAGGCACGUUUGAUCGCGUCUUUUUGAAAACGUUGCAUGUCGCUCCCGUCAUGAGUCCGGCCGGCUGCGCCCACGUGAGCGGCUUUAAGGUGGAGAACUGGAAGCAGAACCUGCGGGUCAUAUACCAGUGCUUUGUGUGGAGCGGGACUGCCGAAACCAGGAAACGCAAGGCCAAAUCAUGCAUCUGCCACAUGUGUGGCGCACACUUGAACCGGUUGCACUCCUGCCUGUACUGCGUGUUCUUUGGCUGCUUCACGAAGAAGCACAUCCACGAGCACGCCAAGAGCAAGAGGCACAAUCUGGCUAUAGACCUGCUGUAUGGGGGCAUCUAUUGUUUCAUGUGCCAAGACUACAUAUAUGACAAAGACAUGGAGCAGAUCGCCAAAGAGGAGCAGAGGAAGGCCUGGAAGCUGCAAGGCAUAGGCGAGCGAUACACCACGUGGGAACCAACGAAGCGCGAGCUGGAGCUGCUACGUCACAAUCCCAAACGGAGGAGAAUAACUACAAACUGCACAAUCGGGCUGCGGGGCCUGAUAAACCUAGGCAACACGUGCUUCAUGAACUGCAUCGUACAGGCGCUCACGCACACGCCGCUGCUGCGAGACUUCUUCCUGUCCGACCGGCACAAGUGCGAGAUGAAGCCCAACUCCUGCCUGGUGUGUGAGAUGUCCCAGCUCUUCCAGGAGUUCUACUCGGGCCACCGCUCGCCCCACAUUCCCUUCCGCCUGCUGCACCUGGUGUGGACACACGCACGCCACCUGGCUGGCUACGAGCAACAGGACGCCCACGAGUUCCUCAUCGCCGCGCUUGAUGUGCUGCACCGGCAUUGUAAAGGCGACGACAACGGGAAGAAGGCCAACAACCCGAACCACUGCAACUGCAUCAUCGACCAAAUCUUCACGGGCGGCCUGCAGUCUGAUGUCACCUGCCAAGUCUGCCAUGGUGUUUCCACAACGAUAGACCCCUUCUGGGACAUCAGUUUGGACCUGCCUGGUUCUUCCACACCUUUCUGGCCCCUGAGCCCUGGCAGCGACAGUGGUGUGGUCAACGGGGAGAACCAGGUCUCAGGGGCGACCACCCUUACAGACUGUCUGCGGAGGUUCACUCGACCUGAGCACCUAGGGAGCAGUGCCAAAAUCAAGUGCAGCGGUUGCCAUAGUUACCAGGAGUCCACCAAACAGCUGACGAUGAAGAAGUUGCCCAUUGUGGCGUGUUUCCACCUCAAACGGUUCGAGCACUCUGCCAAGCUGCGGAGGAAGAUCACCACCUACGUGUCCUUCCCGCUGGAGCUGGACAUGACGCCCUUCAUGGCGUCCAGUAAGGAGAGUAGGAUGAACGGACAGUAUCAACAGCCAGUGGACACGUUAAAUAAUGACAACAAGUAUUCCCUAUUUGCGGUGGUAAAUCACCAGGGCACCCUGGAGAGUGGCCACUACACCACCUUCAUCCGGCAGCACAAGGACCAGUGGUUCAAAUGUGACGAUGCCAUCAUCACCAAGGCCAGCAUGAAGGACGUGCUGGACAGCGAAGGGUAUCUGCUGUUUUACCAUAAACAGUUCCUGGAGUACGAGUAGCCCGUCAGACGGACGGGGGGGGCCUUCUGGUGACGAUCGACACAUGAGCUACAGCUACGCUGGGGAGGAAAAAAAAAACAUGAACUUUAAAAAAAAAAAAAAAAGACGACACACAAGCCUACCUGAAACUCUUAGGGAUGAGUAUAGAGGGGGGGAGUGGGGCAGGAGGGAAGGGGAAAAAAAUCAUGCAUAAUUUUAAGACAAAAAAAUAUAUCAGCACUGAGCAACUAUCUACUUGAGAUGAUCAGAAAAGGUGGAUUAGUGUGUUAAUGGGGGCACAGGAUGGGGGGUGCGGCCUUGAGGGGAGGGGCUGCCCCAUUUCCUGGGAGCAGCAAGGGCCGAAGGGGGGACUGAUAGGGAAAGCAACCCCCCUCCCCAAAAAAAGAAGAGGGGCACCCGUCGCUUUCGUCCGAUUGGCUGCGGAUCGAGCCAGGAAAGGGCCACAGGAAGGGCAAAGGGGGUGUCUCAUCCUCCAUUUCCAUAGUGACCCAUAUUUAACCGCCCCCCCCCCCCUCCCCUGUAAUCACCACGGUUCCCUAUGUAGCUCCAGAACAUCACACAUUUACUGGGUCACGGUGGAAGGACGUCAUUUCGUCGUUUUAUUCUCACGCGCGUUCGACUGCACGGCGCAGACACGAUGGGAAGAGUAUUACGGACUUUUCAAGAACUUUAUUAUGAACAUUAAAUGUCAUUAUUUGUGAAUUUAGUAUCAAACAAAUGUAUGUAUCUAGUACAUCUAUUUUUUAAGGAGAAUCCUUGGUCUGGGGCUUGCGGGGGCAGGGGCGGGGGACGAGCCCCCAGUGGGCUGCUCCGUGAAUCUGUCAUGUCCAGUAGACAGACUGGGGUAGACUCGAACCCCCAACUCUGUCCCUGUCGUCUCGUCUUCUGUUGUUCUCAUUUCUUCGGUUGAGGGCAGGGGAUAUCUAUAUUUUUUUAGGACUCAUUGAGAAAAUAAUUCCUGUUUACAGUUUCCCACGGCCCCCGCACUGCCCCCACCCCCAUGACUGGCUCUCUCCACAUGGGUACGCUUUCUUUUCCUUUUUGGUUGUGUUGCGAUGCUGUCCUUGCUGAGGAUGCGGUGGGAAGGAUGUCGUUGUUGUUUUUUUUUUUUAUUUUGUGGAGCCUAUGUCAUCCUGAAAUGAACUCGCUCGUCUGUGAGAAACACCAA